CAGUGCCAUCACAACAAGCUCCUCAAAAGACUGAACCUGUAACAAGCCGGUCUGUGCCGCAACCUGCCGUAAACGCUGCUGCACCACCAGGUCAACGUCUACCCACAACUCCGGUCAAACUAGGCAUUUCCAAACUCACCCAGACCACUAUCCCACCCAAAGAACACAUCACUUAUAGCAAGGAGACACAGACCAUCAAUGAUAGCAUACAUGACAGAGAUGGGAGAGGACCUUGGGAUUACUAUGUUCUUACCUUCGACGACAACCAUCUAGAUGAUGACCUCGACAUGGAGCCACGUUCUCCGCCUGCGCACGUGCAUGGGAUGCCCCACGUGGAGAUGUUCAAGCCUGCGCAACAGGAUGUGCAGCAGAAAGAAGAGAAGAAAGAGGAGAGAAGAAAAGUCCGUGAGCUUAGUGAAGAGGAAAAGCAGCAGAUUAUGAUGUCAGAAGACUUCGUGCGAUUUUUCGAUCGCAGCACCCGCUUAAUUGAGCGUGCUUUGGCAGAGGAUGUCCCCAAUAUUUUCGUGGAUUAUUCAGGCACUGGAGAGGACCAAGAAGGGGAUGCGCAGGGAGGAGUGAGACUCAAGAUCAGCAGAGAGUUCUAUGAUGAGAGGUGGUCAAAGCACCGGUCAGUCACGUGCUUGGACUGGUCAACACAGUACCCAGAGCUUCUGGUUGCCUCCUACAACAUGAAUGAAGAUGCUCCACAUGACCCGGACGGUGUCUGUUUGUGGUGGAACAAAAACUUCAAGAAAACAACUCCAGAGUACAUCUUCCACUGUCAGUCUGCAGUAAACUCGAUAUGUUUUGCCAGAUUCCACCCUAACCUGGUGAUAGGUGGGACAUACUCGGGACAGAUAGUGCUGUGGGACAACCGUAGCAACAAGAGGACACCUGUUCAGAGGACACCCCUCUCAGCAGUGGCACAUACACAUCCAGUGUACUGUGUCAAUGUGGUCGGCACCCAGAAUGCGCACAACUUGAUCAGUGUGUCCACAGAUGGAAAAAUUUGCUCCUGGAGUCUUGAUAUGCUGUCACAGCCCCAGGACAGUAUGGAGCUACAGCACAAGCAGACCAGAAAUGUUGCGGCCACCUGUAUGUCCUUCCUGUCCAGUGAUGUGAAUAAUUUCAUUGUGGGCAGUGAGGAGGGGGCAGUAUACACGGCAUGUAGACAUGGAAGCAAAGCAGGUAUAGGUGAGAUGUUUGAGGAGUGUCACCAGGGCCCUGUCACUGGGAUAGACUGUCACUCUGUCCAGGGAGCCAUUGACUUCUCCCAGCUCUUCCUAACUUCCUCCUUUGACUGGACUGUGAAACUGUGGAGUGCAAGGGAACAAAAGCCCUUGUACUCAUUUGAAGACAAUAGUGACUAUGUGUAUGACGUGGCCUGGUCUCCUAUCCACCCUGCUCUCUUUGCCAGUGUGGACGGGAUGGGAAGACUGGAUCUCUGGAACCUCAAUAAUGAUACAGAGGUUCCUACAGCAAGUGUUGUCACAGAUCCAACCAUAGCAUUGAAUAAAUGUCGCUGGCACCAAAACGGGCACCAGAUUGCAGUAGGAGACGACAUGGGCAAGAUCUAUAUAUAUGACAUAGGGGAGAACAUUGCCAAUCCCAAGAUGGACGAGUGGUCUCGUAUGGUGCACACGCUACAGGAGAUGAAAGCCAAUGCUGCUGACACUGAGGACGACCUGACGAGUCAGACUUCUUCACCCCUGCGAUAGCACAGAGAACAUUAAAUUACUCAACCAAAUGUGUAUGAAAACUAUAUAUUCCUGUUUGUAUUGGAUAUAUACUUUUCUUGUUAAUAUGAAAACACUUUAUGGACCAUUGGGCAUAUAUUGUGAGAGUAAAAAUGUGUUCAGACCACACAAAAGUUGUAAACCCACUCAAAAUCUCAUUGCCAAAAGAAUUUUCAGGUUCUUCUCAUGCUUGUGUAGGAGUAGGCUUAAGCUUGAGGUUAAUAUAAAAUUAUUGCAAAUCUGAAUGGUAAAUAUGUAAGUCAAUUAAAGUAUAAUUAUUCACUUUCUUCCAAUAAGGGAUUUUAAAUUAUUUGUUCUGAAAACAUAUGUACUGGAAUGAUUGAAGCAAACAUAGGUGUUUUACUAGUGAGCACUAACAUUGAAUGAAGAAGAAAGUAACUUGCACACAUAAAAGCAAGUAAACAAAGUCCCCAGUAAAUAUGUUGUGUGCAGUGUCCUUCGUGCCAAGUAAUGGCUGCCCAGUAUAAAAAUUGAUCUUCCAUAACAUGAAAAAAGAAGUUUAACUUUUAAGUCUUGGCAUUUGCAUUCAUGGUCAAAUACUAAUUUUUCAAAGUUUUUCCUCAGUGAAAUGAAAAUAGUAAGAACUGGUGCUGUUCUUUGCAUAUUGUGUUAAUGAUUCAACCUAAAAGCAAAUUAUUCAGUGAGACAGCUACUCUUUAGAAUAUAUGCCAAAAACAUAAGUUAUGAGUAAUAUCAUUUACCUAUAAAUCCAUAAGAAUCAAGGUCAGUAUGGUAGUAACUGCCUUAAAUAGUUUGAAAAUACAAAAACCAGUGAAGUUGUUUGUGCAUUCCUGCAGUAUAUUUAUUUAGCAAUUUAAAAUAUAAAACUAUUGCUGUUUAUCAUUUUAGCAGUGUAUGCUGACAACUUAACUGUGGCAGAAUUAAAGUCAGACGUUAAUACAAGCUUCACAAAAAUGCGAACAAGCUUUGGUGCCUUGUAAAGAUGGAAAGGACUCAUGAUAAGAAGUGUUAAACAUAUUACCAUAACCUCUGGAAAUUUUCAAAAUAUAAAAUUGACAUUCAGCUUACAUUUUGUCAAUGUAAUGACUUCAUACAGCAACUUGAGUGCUCAAACUGUUAUUUUGGACAAAAAGAAGCUAUUUCACACUGAAUGUUAUCAUGGUAUACAGCAAUGUCACCCAUAGCUGAACAAAGAUAAUCUGGCUUAUUGCUCACCUUAAGACAUUGUUCUUAUUUACUGACCUAAUAAAAAGAACCACAUCUGACAAAGUUGAUAAAUGGCUUUAUUUUCAUUAUCCUCCAGAUGACACAUGAAGUUGAGUGAGAUAAUUGUCUUAAUCUAUAGAAUAUUAUGUUAUGUGAAAGCCUGCUUUCAUGAUGCAAUGUUUGCCCCAUUGUUCUUGUGUAUUUACAAAUUUUGGCAUUAGUGGCAAAAUAAAAAUGCACCUUUUCUCAUAGCAAAUAUAAUACUUUAAUUUGAGAUUUAAGAGGCACUUUGAAUUCUUGAAGUGUCAAAUCAUUAUUUUAGGAAUGAUGCAAGUACAUAACAAGAUGCUUAUUUUAUCACUAAUAAAAAAUCUUGAUAUUGUUUUAAUUGAAUAAACAUACUAGAAGAGCAAUAUCAUGGAAAAAAAUUAUCUUUACUU